GGCUGUCACCCUGGGCGGGGAAAGGGAACGUGUUGGCAGCCCCGUGAGCAGCAGAGGUCCAGGGCUGGGCUCCACCUCCUCUCUCUGUCUCCCCCUCCCGCUUUUCUCUCUCUUUCCUCUUCCAGCUCAGGCUAAGCCUAGGUCACUCCCGCCAACCCAGCAGCCUCCGCCACUCGCCCGGGCCUAGGUCAUGGCCAACGGGGAGGCGUCCCGGAGGAAGGAGCGCGUCCUCUGCCUGUUCGACGUGGACGGGACCCUCACCCCGGCUCGCCAGAAAAUCGACCCCGAAGUGGCGGCCUUCCUCCAGGAGCUUCGGGGACGGGUGAAGAUCGGCGUGGUGGGAGGCUCCGACUACUCCAAGAUUGCCGAGCAGCUGGGGGAGGGGGAUGAAGUCAUAGAAAAGUUUGACUACGUCUUUGCAGAGAACGGGACAGUUCAAUACAAAAAUGGGCGACUGCUCUCCAAGCAGACCAUCCAGAACCACCUUGGGGAGGAGCUUCUGCAGGACCUCAUCAACUUCUGCCUCAACUAUAUGGCCCUGUUGAAGCUGCCCAAGAAGCGCGGAACCUUCAUCGAAUUCCGCAAUGGGAUGCUGAACGUCUCCCCCAUCGGCCGGAGCUGUACCCUUGAGGAGAGGAUUGAAUUCUCGGAGCUGGACAAGAAAGAAAAGAUCCGGGAGAAAUUCGUGGAGGCCUUGAAGGCAGAGUUUGCGGGCAAAGGGCUAAGGUUCUCCCGAGGAGGCAUGAUCAGCUUCGAUGUCUUCCCUGAGGGCUGGGACAAGCGGUACUGCCUUGACCGCCUGGAUCAGGAGAGCUUCGACACCAUUCACUUCUUUGGGAAUGAGACCAGCCCCGGAGGAAAUGACUAUGAGAUUUACGAUGACCCCCGCACAGUGGGGCACAGUGUGGUCUCCCCCCAGGACACAGUGCAGAGGUGCCGGGAGCUCUUCUUCCCAGAGAGUGCACACGAAGCAUGAGGCUGGUGUCCCUGAGGGCUCAGGGACCAAGGUGUCUUCACCUGGGGGUAGUGGAAACACCUUCGAGACCCAUGGAGAAAGAGCCCAUCUGGCUGCAGUUGUGUGGGGGGGUGGAUCUUUGCAGCAGCCCUUCUCCUCCCCCUUGCUCCCCAUCUUUUAGCCCCUUCCCCUGCGUGCCUGCUGAAAAGAACUGAGUAUCUUUGGUCUUGGGUUGGGAGGGGCCCAACCAAGCUUUGUCAUGGCAGCAGUGACGAACGGAUAGAUGGACAACUGGACAGACAGAAAAUGUGGGGGAUGACCUGAGUCAUCCCUCUGGGCAUCUAUAGUCCAGGUUACUGAUCUCUGGACCCGAGUUCCCAUGCACUGGACCCUGCAGUUACAAAGUCAACAGGCAUCCAGGAGGGGGUGGGAUUCUCCCUCUCUCUCUCUCCUCUCCCUCCCUUCUCUUCCUCUCAGGCUUCAGUUGAGGUGUGGGGAGGAAGUGCAUCAGUAAGCAUUUGUGAAGGGCUGGCUACAGGCCAGGUUCCUCCCUACCGCUCUGGUCCAUCUUGGAUUAGGGGCAAGGUGAAAUCCACCCAGCUGCACACCACAGGUUCCCCAAAAGGUGGGUGCUAGCCUCAUCCUUGCAUGCCUAAGAGUUUAAACCCCACUUCCCCCAGAAGGCAAGCCCUAGAAAAAGAGGGAUUUGGUGCCCUGGUCACCCUUUAUCCCCCCCAAAGACAGUAUCAGCCCCCUGGCAUGCCAUUUAACAAACACGUCUCAAUUAAGACACAGCUAUGGGCCUGUGGGUGGCUUUGUUGCCCCCUCCCUCCACACCCCCAGCCUUGUGGCUGCCUGUUAAAAGGUGGGAGGAGAGGUCCAGAACUCACCAUCCUAGGCCUGCUUUGUCCCUCCACAAGAUGACCUGUUCACUCUGGGUCUUACUCUGGCUGUGGGCCCUGAUCUCUGACCUUUGUGCUAGGACGUGCUGUCCAGCCUCACCUAGAAUCAAUCAUUUGUUUUUCUGUGUAAAAAACUUUUUUUUUGGUUGGAGAAGAGUGUAUGUUUGUACAUAAGAAACAGCUCUGCUUGGAGGUGAGGGGUGCAGCUCUAGACAGUGGAGAGCUCUAUCGUGUCACAAAUUCUAUUAAACAACAGAAAGUCA